AUGGCAUCGACUAAGAUUGACCAUAAUGAACAAGAUUCGCUAGAGAAACUCCCAGAAACCAACCAGGAUGACCUUGUUGUCUUGAAGAAGCGGAAAAUUUCCCUCGAUCGCGAUAUCGACCAGGCGAGGGCUUUGUGGAGACCAUCUGGCUUAUUUGACUCCGCAUAUUGGGAAAAGGCAGCAGAAAUUGAGAAUUUUGCAAUCCAGCGAGCCUGCACAGAGAGGCAAAUAUCACACGAGAGUUUUUCCGGAAAGGAAGUUGACUGGGAAGCUACAGAGGAGGCAAAGGGUAUUCUCGAGAGUCUGAAUGCCCACAAGCAAGCCGAGAGAUUUUGUUCCGGCCGGGCAGAGCGCCUGCAGGAGAAGAACCCCGAAAGAACGCUCAGGGCUUCGUUUAUGCGGCUGUUUACUACGUCUAGAAUGGGCAUCAAUAUCAACUGGACCGGAUCUGGAGAGAGGAAAAGGAGCGACCAGAUUGAAUGGCGAAAUGCGAUGAUCAAAGCUUAUAAUGCAAAACAUUCUAUUCAAACCAGCUUUGGUGUCCGAUUAUCAAGAGAUGUUGUGGUUGCUGCUCAUCUAUUUGGCUAUAUGCACGGAGAAGCCACUAUGAAUGCGAUCUUUGGCCAGGAUUCGCAUAUUUUUGACCCUAGAAAUGGCCUGUUGGUCAGUAAGGAGUUUGAGCGAUUCUUUGAUGCCGGCAAGUUGGCUAUUACUGGACUUUGGGAUCAACUGGAGCUCGAGAUUAGUGAUAAUUCGAAACUACGCUUCAAAGACCUGCAUAACAGACCAUUGGCAUUCCAGUCUGAGUUCCGACCUUGCACUCGCUACCUUUACUUUCAUUACUGCAUCCAGGUGCUUAGGCAUACAUGGCAGCUUUCCGGAUCUGGAGAGGCCAAUAACAAAGAGGUAGCAGCGCUUGCACUGAGAAAUGAGAGCGGAAAGUUUUGCUGGGCAACCCCAGGUCCGUAUAUCCCCAAAAAUAUGCUACUUGCUUUGGUAGAAGAGCUAGGACACAACUAUGAAGACAUUUUGGCCAGAGCAUCAUCCAGUACAUCAGCAGAUGAUGAUAUUUUGUUGGGUGUCGCGGCCAAUCAGAUAAAAUCGAGGCGGUUCCGUCUGUCUGAUACCAUGUUUGAUGUUCCUGGAUCUAGUGAUGACAAUCCUGAAGACAGUCAUGCGGAUUAUGAGAACGAUGAUGAAUUUUGUACGCCAAAUUACUAUUAA